AUGCUUAUAGCCCAAAGCCGCCAAAAGAGCUAUGCUGUUCAGAGGCGAAAGCCUUUGGAGUUCAAAGAAGGAGAACAUGUCUUUCUGAAAGUUACACCAACCAUUGGAGUGGGAAGAGCUUUUAAGACUAAGAAACUAAAUCCCCGUUAUAUUGGACCGUUUGAGAUCUUGAAGAGAAUUGGACUAGUGGCUUAUAGAAUUGCCUUACCGCCGUAUUUUUCGAAUUUGCACGAUGUGUUUCAUGUGUCACAGCUUCAGAAGUAUACUCCUGACGCAAGUCAUGUUCUAGAAUCGGAACCAGCCCAAGUAAGAGAAGAUCUAACACUUCGAGUAAUUCCAGUGAGAAUUGAUGAUACUAAUAUUAAACGAUUAUGCGGGAAGGAAGUAUCAUUGAAAAAGCGAAUAGCUUUCGACAACGCAGGUUCUCUCAGAUCUCUCUCUCUUUCGCAUAUCAAAAACGAAGUGUAA